AGAAAACUCCCGCGGAGGAUCGUGCUCGUGCGGCACGGUGAGUCCGAGGGGAACGUGGACGAGAGCGAGUACACGCGGACGCCGGAUUCGCAAGUGCGGUUGACGGCGCGAGGACACGAACAGGCGGAAAGCACGGGGCGAGAGCUUCGAGAUAUGAUGGACGCGGAUGGGGAUGAUUAUAAACUGUUCUUUUACAUCUCACCGUAUCGUCGGUCGAAGGAGACGGCCAUCGGCAUCGCCAAAGCCUUCUCGGGAAGACAGAUUUUGGGCGUUCGAGAAGAGCCGCAGUUGCGCGAGCAAGAUUUUGGGAACUUCCAAGAUUACGAACGCAAGCAGGCCGAAAAACUCGAAAGACAUCGGUUCGGACGGUUCUUCUAUCGCUUUCCGAACGGAGAAAGCGGUGCGGAUGUGUACGAUAGAAUCACGAUGUUUUCAGACCACAUGGUGCGCGACAUCGACGCAGGCCGAUUUCCAGAAGACGCGAAUAUGAUUUUGUGCACUCACGGUUUGACCUUGCGCUUGUUUCUCAUGCGCUGGUUUCAUUGGACCGUGGCAGAGUACGAACGUAUCGCGAACCCGUCGAACUCGCAGCCGAUCAUUUUGGAA